AUGAAUGUUUUUUCACCACAACAAGAUCGUGCUGAAUUCAACGGUGUUAUUCAUGAGAAUCCAGAACUGUGCACAGACUUCUUGUCAACAAUAAAACCUCUAGUCACCCUGCGCAUACAAGAAUCUACGAUAUGUGGAGGAGAAACGGGACUUUUUGUCUGCGAGGACGUGCCUCAAGGCGCGGACGUAUUUCGCUCCACUCCACUGCUGACCUUCGCAGGAUGGGAAGGGAAUGUUCAGUGGCAGAAGUUCAUUUGCGCUCACUGCUUCAGAUUCUCAAGACCUCAUUUUCUUCCCUUUCGAAAAGACAAAAACAAUGCGGCAUCCGAGAGUACUAUGAAGCUAUGUGCCGGGUGUAAAUCAUGUGGAUACUGCUCACAGAAAUGUCAAUUAGAGGCGUGGAGAUUCGGCCACAAGAGUGAAUGUUCAAUAUUUGCACGCCAACCAAAUUUCAUAGCUAUCCAGCGAACAAUGCUACGGAUUCUCAUCCAAUACAAAAGUGGAGAACUUCUGACUCCUUGCUUAUUCAAAGCUCUAUUAGCUCUGAAAUCGGAUGAAGAAGCAUGGGCAGAUAGUGAUGCUUACUCGGAUUAUCUUUCCAUUGCACAAAUUGCCAAACAUGCGAGUGGUACAAGGUUGGAGAUUGAGAGUGUUUGGGACAUUCUCUGCAAGGUGCUCACCAACGCGACAGCGGUGCAGCCUGCAGAAGUUGGCACAGACGGAGUGUAUUUAGGAACAACUCUCGAUCCGGUGAUCUCAUUGUUGAGACACUCUUGCGAACCUAAUGUCUUCAUCUUCUUUGAAGGCAAUCAGCUUCGAGUCAGAUCUUUGAAACCAUUAAAAGCCGGAGAGGAGAUUUCUCGAAGUUACACCUGGACUGAAGAUAGUCCCAGAUGCCAACGUGAGGACAAAGAAUUGUCCGACUGGGCAGGUGCUGAUACUGAGCGCACAAAAUCUCUGGCUCGUGCCCAGCAGCAAGCCUCGGAAUAUUUUCAAAGUCAACCUUCCAUUAGCGGCACCAACAUAGACGUUGAUUGUGAAAUAAUUGAAAGAACUAUGAAGCAGAUGGCGAGGGGAGUUCUGAACGAAGACAAGUGGCCCGAUAAUUUACAACCAAUGCCACAAAUACUGCUACAACUAUCAAAGUACUACCUCGCACAGAACGAUUCAGUGGAAUCUUUGAAGCUUAGUCUUAGAGCACUGCUUGCACAAGACCGUCGCUUCGGUCCCUACUGGGCGAAUCAGCUCGCAGAGUGGCUGACAUAUCUUGUACGACUUACUCCUACAACGACAGAAGAUCUCACCAAAUUACCUUUCGUCACAUUUGGGGAUCUCAUGGAUGUAAUUUCGGGAUACUCUAGGGAGGCAACUCUUGUUGUGGCUAAGGUCUUUGGCACUGAUACAUCGUUCAGUAAGACGUUACAGAAGCGUGAUGUCGAACACUCCAUCAGAAUGGGAACUCCAAACCUGAGUUCCGUCAACUUUUUGCAAAGAUUUAAGAAUGCUCAGGGUAAGUUCUUGUUAUGGGCAGGCAUUGAUGUUUCACGAGAAUUGUUAUUGUCCGAUGAGUGGGUAUCGAAAGCUUGA